ACUGUCAGGCUUGGCCUCUUGUUUGAAUAUAAAAGAAAGCAGAACGUUUCAAGUCAAGAACAGAAUCGUUCAAAUAAUUGACUGUGAAAAGUGAGAAAGUUUCUUUUACAUUCGACGAAAAAAAGUUUAAAAUGUGUAAGCGCUUAUUAAUUCACGGUGCACGAUUGAUUUUCGUUCUUCUGUUGAUAAAUGCAAUUCGAAUCCACUGCUUCGGAGAAAGUGUGAAUAAUUUGAACUUAGUUUAUGGCCGUGGGAAAGAUGAACAGAGUACACAUAAGAUAACCUUUUUAAAUGAGUCUCUUCAGUUUCCUUCUACUAUAAAUGACGAAGUCUUUGGUAAAAUCCGCAACAUUCUUUGCAAAUAUGAAGAUGAAGCAAAACUUUUGGGGAAACAAGCUUACGACUGCCGGAGAAAAGAAGAUAAUAGAAACUGUCAUUCUAUUUUGGUUCAUUUCGAAACUGCUAAAACAAAACUACGCAAGGAACUGAACAACGUUAAACGAUGGGCUGAAAAUACUGGAAAAACACAAGAAACUCCAGCACCCAAUUCAUUGCAGUCGAAAUUUUUCUUUGGCAAUGGCUUUAUGCUCGAACGGAUUUUUAAUGUGUUCAGAGACUAUUCCUUGUACAUAAAUUUCGCUUUCAAAUUGAACAGAAGAGUAAAGACAACACCACAGGUUAGCAUCCCAACAACUAUAAACCCAUCAACCAUACCACAACCAACUCCGUCAAAUAUCACUAUGACAACAACUAACAAAACCAUGGGAUAAAAACCAUUUGAGAGACAGACACCAAUUUCUAGCAGUGUUAAUAUAUUCUUUACGGCAGACAUCCAUAUAAAAAUGUAUGCCAAUACUUUUCGUAUGGAAGAAUCCAUUUGAACAUUUUUUCAGAAAAUAUUCUUCUACUAUCAGUUCCUUCUGGUAUGCUUUCAUAUAGUUAAAAUGCGUAUCUGCCUAGACCACCCCAUUUAUUUUUUUUUUAAAUAAAUAUCAGCACUAUUGAAAAUUUAAAAUAAUUGUAAACGAUGCAACUAAGGAAACUUUUUGCAUCAUCUUUGAAAAUGUU